CAGCUGCUGCUGAGGGCCAGAGCCUUAGUGAGGAUGCCAACGCAGCAGCAGCAGGAACAACAUCUGCUGCUGCUGCUGCUGCUGCAGCAGCAGCAGCAGCAGCAGGCCAGCUGCAGCAGAGCGACAAAGAAGCCCUUUCUCCCGCAGCAGCAGCAGCAGCUUUUGGCGGCGCCUCCUCAGCAGCAGCAGCAGCAGCAACAGCAACAACAGCAGCAGCAGCAGCAGCAACAGCAGCAGCAGCAGCAGCAGCAGCAAAAUGCCCAGCUGUGGGGCACGUGUCGCUGCUGACGCGAGGGGACGAGUCUGCGCCGGAAGUUGUGGGGCGUUUGACGCAGUCUUUGGAGACAGAAGAAGAAGAAGAAGAAGAAGAAGAAGAAGAAGAAGAAGAAGAGACAGAAGUGGAGUUGCUGCUGCUGGGCCCUGCAGCAAAAAGGAGACAGGAGACAGCAGCAGCAGCAGCAGCAACAGCAGCAGCAGCAGCAACAGCAGCAGCAACAACAGCAGCAGCAGCAGCAACAACAGCAGCAGCAGCAGCAACUGUCUCCUUUUCGGGCAUUUCUUUGCCUCCCUCCAAAGAACCCAUUUUCCUCAGAGCGAGCUGCGUGACCUGCGAGCCCCCUGUCUCCGGUGUCUCCUUGAGCAGCAGCAGCAGCAGCACUUCAGUUGUUGCUGUCAGCAGCAGCAGCUGCAGCAUCAUUUCCGAAGGAGACACUUGCAGCAUUCAAGUGUCUCUCGAGUCCCUGCUGCCGCAGCAGCGGCUGCAGCAGCUGCAGCAGCUGCUGCAGCAGCAGCAGCAGCAGCAGCAGCAGCAGCAGCAGCGCGAAAACGACCCCGACGCCCCCCAGCAGCAGCAGCAGCAGCAGCAGCAGCAGCAGCAGCAGCAGCAGCAGCAGCAGGAGGGGGCCCCCGGGGGGCCCCCCAUAGCUUCGCGGGUUUCUGUGUUUGUUUCGCACAUUGAAGCUGUUGAACUUGAGGGGCCCUUUUCAAAAGAGUCUCCUUUUUUGAAAAAGUUUUCUUUUUUGGAAAAGUUUUCUUUUUUGAAAAAGAAAACUUUUUCAAAAAAGUUUUCUUUUUUUGAAGUGUCUCCUUUUUUAAAAGUGUCUCCAAAAGUCCUCACUUUCGAGCCCGGAGACUCUGCAGCCACGAAGACUUUUGUUGUGCAGUCGCUGGCGAAGAAAACCCUCAACUACAGUCGAGACACCUCAAACCCUAGCGCUGGGGUGUACGUACAGCACCACCGGGUGUAUCUACAGCUCAAGUCUGCAGACCCUUUUUGGCAAAAAGAGACAGUUUUUUGGAGCAGCAAAAGUGUCUCCGUUCGCGUCCGCGAGCAGCAAACCCCCGACAUUUUGCUGCACCCGCAGCAGCAGCAGCAGCAGCAGCAGCAAACCCUCAAACGCGGAGACCAGGUUUUGUGGGGAGACAUUCCAGCAGCAGCAGCAGCAGAGACACUUUUGCUGCUGCCCUUUCAGCUGUCUGUACAGCCCGUCGAGGAGGUCACUGUCACGCUCCACUGUGGGGCCCUUCUCGAACCCCUCAGCAGCAGCAGCAGCAGCAGCAGCAGCAGCAGCAGCAGCGAAUCCAGCAGCAGCAGCAGCAGCAGCAGCAGCAGCAGCAGCAGCAGCAGCAGCAACAGUGUCAGUAUUACAGUGACCCCGCAGCAGUGGCGACAGGGAGGUGUUUUCCGUCUGUGGGCAAAGGACGACGGGGACACGUCUAGCGGCAGCAGCAUGGCUUCUUGCGAAGUGGAAACGAGCUCAGGAGACAGUCGGUUUGUGUCUCCUCCGAGGGUUUCGAAAGGAGACAAAAAUGCUACUGCUGCUGCUGCUGCUGCUGCUGCUGCUGCUGCUGCUGCUGCUGCUGCUGCUGAAAGAAUUGAAAUUUUAAUUCACAAACAAAAAUGCAAAGACAAUAAACACCAACCCCACUGCCCCUGUCUCCCCGGCCAAGAGUGUUCUUUGGCCCGCAACGGCCCUUGCCCCGCGGGCACUUACAGGCUGCCGGGGACUGCAGCUUGCAUGCAGUGCCCCGAAAACCACUUUUGUCCCCUCGGGGCCUUCAGCCCUUCCCCUUGUCCUUUUGGGGCUUUUGCGGGGCCCGGGGAGGCCACUUGUCACUGGGACCCGGAAGGGUUUGAGUGUUUUGGAGAAAACCCCCAAAAGUGUCCCCCCGGAGAAACCUCCCUUGAGGGCGAAGGCCGCUGCAGCCCAGCGCCCCCAGAGCCUGUCUCCGUCUUGGACUUGCAAAUCCGAGAAAACGUGGGCCCGCGGGCCGACGCGCUGUGCCCCGAGGGCCGCUACAACCAGGGCACUGGCUGCUUCCCCUAUGGGCCUUUGGGCUACUGCAGCAGCAGCAGCAGCAGCAGCAGCAGCAGCAGCAGCAAAUGUCUCGACUGCGGCCCCGGAGAAAUGUGUCCCCCCGGGGCCCCCGAGCCCCUCAAAAUCGAUCAAGGUGCCAAACCCUAA